GCGGUGCGGGUACACAACACGUUGGCGCACACACACAGUACACACAGCCAGUCACUGCUCCUGUGAGGACCUGCUCUCAGCGUCUGUAUGACUGCAUCUGCUCGGAACAUUUCCUGGACAACGCAAGUAGGGGUUAAUGGCUCCCCUACCUCGCCCUAUCCUUUCCCAGCCAGCCCAGACCUCCCGCCUCCCAUGUCCCUACCCUCCCUGCGGGGUGACUCAUCCCACUUCCCUGGUGCCCUUAGUAACCAAGCGCGCCCUCUAAGCACGGAGCUCCGCCUCGCCCUGCAUCCAUUGGCCAUCGAACUUGUCCUUUAGGCUGUUGCCAUAGGGCCGGGGCGGGGUCGGCGCUGGCUUGUGACUGGGUUGUAGGGAACUCGCUGUGUCGGUCUAUAGGGAAAGGGAAGCUGGCUAUGUACAGCGCCACCUAGCGGCCUCCGUUACCUGGCUUCCCCCUUCCUCCCGGUAGCUGUGCACACAGUGACCGCGGCCCGCUCUCACCUCCCGCAGCCUCCACAGCUCCAGGCCGGGAAAAUGAGGGUGAUGGUGGACUUUGAGGAGUGCCUGAAGGACUCGCCCCGGUUUCGGGCAGCUUUAGAAGAAGUUGAAGGAGAUGUAUCCGAACUUGAACAGAAGCUUGAUAAGCUGGUGAAACUCUGCAUUGGAAUGAUCGAUGCUGGAAAAGCUUUUUGUGCUGCCAACAAACAAUUUAUGAAUGGAAUCCGGGACCUGGCCCAAUAUUCUAACAAGGAUGAAGUGAUUGAAAGCAGCUUGACAAAAUUUUCUGAAAGCCUUCAGGAGAUGAUAAAUUAUCACAAUAUCCUGUUUGACCAAGCCCAAAGAUCAAUCAAAACACAACUUCAGACAUUUGUUAAGGAGGAUCUUAGGAAAUUUAAAGAUGCAAAGAAACAGUUUGAAAAACUUAGUGAAGAGAAAGAAAAUUCCUUGGUAAAGAAUGCUCAGGUGCCCAGAACCAAGCAGCACGAAGUAGAGGAAGCUACAAACAUCCUGACUGCAACACGGAAGUGCUUCCGCCACGUUGCUCUUGACUACGUCCUACAGAUCAAUGUACUGCAGUCGAAAAGGAGGUCGGAAAUUUUAAAAUCUAUGCUGUCUUUUAUGUAUGCCCAUCUGGCCUUCUUCCAUCAAGGUUAUGAACUUUUUAGUGAACUUGAGCCCUACAUGAAGGAUUUGGGUGCACAGCUGGAUUGCCUUGUUGUGGAUGCAGCAAAGGAAAAGAGAGACAUGGAGCUUAAACACUCGACAAUUCAGCAAAAGGGUUUAUCUGCUGAUGACUCCAAUCUGGAAUGCAAUGUUGACGCAGACAAUGGUAUUGUUAUGGAAGGAUACCUGUUUAAACGAGCCAGCAAUGCUUUCAAAACAUGGAACAGGAAAAAGGCAGAUCACACCAGGCGCUGGUUUUCAAUACAGAAUAAUCAACUGGUAUAUCAAAAGAAAUUUAAGGAUAAUCCCACAAUCGUUGUAGAAGAUUUACGCCUUUGCACAGUGAAACACUGUGAAGAUAUUGAGAGACGCUUCUGCUUUGAAGUGGUUUCACCUACUAAGAGCUGUAUGCUGCAGGCUGACUCUGAGAAGCUGCGCCAGGCAUGGAUCAAAGCCGUUCAGACAAGCAUUGCCACAGCAUACAGAGAAAAGGGAGAUGAAGCAGAGAAAGCAGACAAGAAGCCUUUUGUAUCCACCACUAGCCCAGUAUCUGAGACAAAAGAGAAACUGGUUAAAGGGGAAAGUGCCCUGCAGAGGGUGCAGUGUAUUCCUGGGAAUACAAAGUGCUGUGAUUGUGGCCUUCCAGAUCCUCGCUGGGCUAGUAUUAAUCUGGGCAUUACUUUAUGCAUCGAAUGCUCAGGAAUUCACAGGAGUCUUGGUGUUCAUUUCUCAAAAGUGCGAUCGUUAACCCUGGACAUUUGGGAGCCUGAGCUUCUAAAGCUUAUGUGUGAAUUGGGGAAUGACGUGAUAAACAGUAUAUAUGAAGCGCGAGUGGAAGUCAUGGGUGUAAAAAAGCCAACGAAUGGGUGUCAAAGGCAGGAGAUAGAGACGUACAUCAAAGCCAAGUAUGUAGAGAAGAAGUUUGUAGAUAAUAGCGGUGAAUCUGGCGUGGUGGCGAGGAAGAAAAGCUUAUCCCGGAAGAGCAGUGGAAACCGCCUGAUUUCCUCUGAUAAAGCCCUAACGGCGGCAGAUCACGCUAGAACGCCUUCUGGAGGCUCAGUGAAGAGCAAUGACAGUGGCAUUCAGUUCAGCGCAGAUGGUAGUCGGGAGCUCCUAGCAGCUACAGUGUCUUCCAACAGUUUGUAUGAUGCAGAGUUUGGAAAGAAAGAGGAGAAACGGGAUUCGGCAGUGUUUCAAGACCCCAGAAGCACUAAGAAAGUUCUACCAGGACUCCAGCUGUACCAAGCAGCAUUUAAGCAGAACCUUCCAGUAAUGGCUGAGGCCUUAGCUCAAGGGGCAGAAGUCAACUGGGUUAAUGCAAAAGAAAAUAACUCUACACCUCUUAUACAAGCAGUGCAUGGGGGAUCGCUAGUGACCUGCGAGUUUCUGCUACAAAAUGGUGCCAACGUUAAUCACCUCGAUGUGAAAGGGCGAGGACCGUUACAUCAUGCAACACUGCUGGGUCAUACAGGGCAAGUGUGUUUAUUCCUGAAACGGGGAGCCAACCAACAUGCUACUGAUGAAGAUGGAAAAGACCCUUUGACUAUUGCUAUAGAGGCUGCUAAUGCGGACAUAGUAACACUAUUGCGCUUGGCACGUAUGAAUGAAGAGAUGCGGGAAUCUGAAGGAUUUUACGGACAGCCAGGAGAUGAAACAUAUCAAGAUAUAUUCAGAGAUUUUUCCCAUAUGGCAUCCAACAAUCCCGAAAAACUGAAUCGUUUUCAGCAGUCCGAUUCACAGAAGUCUUGAAUUUUGUGCAGUAUCUGCGUGCUUCAUGUAACAAGUCCUUCUUGCCCACCCAAAAAAACUUAUUGAUAAUUAAACAGGGUGGUUGAACAAUCUGAGAGCCUGGUCUUUAGUUCUACAAGCCAAUGUUAGACUUGUUGGCAUUCUAUAUGCCCAGCACAGAGACAGUGGUCCCCUGGGUUAAACCACUACUCUUUUAAUGAUGUCACACUCAUUACAUAAAACAAAUACUUAAAACAUCUCUUAAAGGAUGCCCACGGCCACUGUUUUAUUUGCUUUGAGUGAAUGGACAACUAUAUAUUUUAACCCUAAUCACAGAUACAACACUAUAGGGGCCACCAAUGGCUAAGUUAUCUAUCUAUCUAUCUAUCUCUAUCAUAUAUAUAUAUAUAUAUAUAUAUAUAUAUAUACAUACACAUACAAGGACCAACAGACAUAGCUGCUUUCUGAUACUUUACUCUGUAAAUCAUACGUCAAAUAAUGGUAAACCUGAUACACUUCAGUAGCCCGAUGAGCACCCUUUGAAAAGUGUUCCCACAGUAAGAAAUAUGCAGCUAUCUAUAAUAACAUAUAUCAGUAGGCUGUUUAAACAAGUGUUACAAACUAUAAACUAAUGUUUAAAGCUAUAACAAACACAUUUGACCAUAAAGGAGAAAGGAGCUUGGGCCACAGGAACUAUAACUGAUCACUAUCACUGACACAACUAAAUAAUUCUGCACCUUCUUGACAAUGUCAUGGUUCAGACCUGUCAGACAGUGGAUAAAACCUAGUGCUAUCACAGUAUAAACUGGUUUACUGUGUAAAUUGAGACAAAAAUAAUGACAUUAUGUGUUCAUCAAAUAUUUAACUGUUUUAUGUUUCACUAAUGCAAUGAUUUGCUUAACACCCAUUUAGAGUAACGCCUCCCUUUUUUGAUGAGCAGUAUAAUACAUUUGACUGACACUAUAAUUUUCUGUAUACUCCCUUUCAAAUCUCAAUCACCACUACCUAGUAUUAAUAGGCACAAUAAGUGGUUUGCAUGGCACUGCGUAGUAGCAGAAGCUUUCUAAUCAGUAUUUUGCUGCCACAUUAGAUUUUACCUAUUUGAAAACUUAAAUGUGUAUUUGUUGCACAUCUCAUUAGGUGUCCUACAAUUUAAUCAUGAAGACUUAACACGUUGAGUUGCUUUUGAGUUAGUUCAUUAUUUUACUCUUUUGAAACUUCAAUAAUAAGGGGCAUAUUUAGAGAUUGUGGAUAUUACUAAUGUGCUGUUACCCAUUGCAAACAGAUAGCUUCCAUUUUCAAAGGUGGUCUGGGUUACAGUACCUCCAGUAUCUGUAUUUUAUGUGCUAGUAGCCAUCAUAGGGGUGUAUCCAGGUAGAUGCAGGGUUUACCCCAGGGCUAUUUGUCGGCUUGCACCUAUUCAUUUAGGUCUAGCAUCCCCGCACAUAGCACUUUACUUGCAACCUAUGGGUUAGUGCGUGUUACCCUCGAGUUAUCCGCGCUGGGAAAUUGCAGAAUAAUUGAAUAGCUCCAAACUGCAACUUUCACUGCAUGGUAAAACCUAUGUCUAAUUGGAUAAUGUCCCAAAACAUUAGUAGUAACCACAUUGCAUAAUGUGACAUGCGUCUUGAUUUAAGACAUUAUUUUGUAGCUGAAUAGUAAUUUCUUUUACUUGUUAAAAAUUAAAGUAUUUUUAACAGUUUAUCGCUUGUGCAUUUAUAGAAAGUGAGAUCGCACCAUAUGAAUUGUGAUCCAUUUCUACUUAUUUUGCUUUAUAGCAGUGAUUUAUUUACAUUAUGAAGAUUGUUUUAAAUAUUGAAAUGACAUCUGAUCUUAGCAUGUGUUCUAAUGUUGCUGUAUUAUGACUAUUAGAGAAUGGAGUAUGUAUAAGUAUUAAAAUAAUGCAUUAGUCUUGUAUUGGUAAAAGCCAUACCGCAUAUCCUUUUUUAUAUAUAAAAAAAAUUCUUUGUGUUUGCAAAAGAAGUGUACAUAGAUUGUAGUACUAUGAAAUAUUUUAUUAAUGCAUUGAUCGUCCAUGUACUGUUUUCAAAAGAAAUGUUCCUGAUAACAGGGGCAGCAAAAUCAUGAAAUUCUGAAAUGUCAUCCUGGUCUUCCUACAGUAUCAUUGUAUUUGUGUUCUGUAUAACACAGGAGUGUGUUUUAAUUCUGAUAUGAAGUCUUUAUAGAGAGAGCCCAGACUAUCCACCCUACCACAAAUGGCCAAGUAAAACUAGGAACAAAGCAUACUGGAAAAUAAUAAACCUUUUAUUUAAGGUCAUAUUUCAUUCUAUAAGGAUGACUGUGUUGAUAAAAUGUGACCCCAGUAAUGAUUGUUCUUUAUGUAGCAGACCAUGGGCCGGAUGUAGUGAUGCCUGAGAUUGCCGGAGGUGAGAGAUGCAAGCUGAUCUCAGACGGUUUUUAAAAGGGGCAAUCACUUACAAUGCAAAACCAUGUCUUGUAAGUGAUUGCUCCUUUAAAAAAAGACAGAGUUUGGCCGUCAUCCUGCACAGCCGCCGAACUCGUGCGUCCUCACAUCCGGCCCCAUAGCUGAACUACCAGCUAAACUUUUUUUUUUUUUUUCCCUUAUGAGCCUAUUUAUUAAUAGUAACCUUGAUAUUGUGGGUGGUGUUUUCAAGAUUUAUGCAUUUAUGCAACAAGGAUAUGUAACAUGGAAGUUCUGCCACAGAUACACCUACAGUGGCAUCGAUUUUUGUUAGUGAAAGCAGUUAUCAUGGCUUGCUAUGGGGACUUGAAAAUGCCCUAUUUACUGACUUCUGAAAAGCUUAGAGUUUUCCGUGCUUGGGCCAAUUAGUCAACACCAUCUUCAGAUGGUGUUAGUUAAUUUUGUCUAUAGGGAAGGCCUUGCUGGACAGAGAUAUUCAUAUCCUCCAUGGUUCUCCAGAUGCUUCUCCUUUCCCUUCUGCUAUAUAAAUGUGCAUGCUUUCACUGUACUUCAUCUCUGCAUCAAGCGGGGAAUACAUUCGUAAAUUGCCCCGAACAAGCAUCUUUAAAUGCUAUAAACAGAAGAUGUAAUUUAUCGGGGCAUACAAGAAGGAAUUAGGAAUGCGUUACAGAUAAUUUGCUGACAGUGGGAGCUGUAGCUAUAGGUUUUGGAGAAAGAACCAUCGCUGCGUGACUCCUUACUGCUAUGGAAGAAACUAUGGUAGAAAUGUACUGGGCCUACAGACAUGUAUUACAGAACAGUAACCUGUAUUUCAAAGUUUACAAGAUAAAAUGAUUUUCUCUUUAUGGUGUCCCUAUAAUAUAAUUUUAUAUUAUAUCCCUCAUGUUGACAAAGGAGACAUUAUUUUAAAGCACCUUUUUAUAUGUUUCCCACCGCCAGAACUCAGUUAGAUUAUGGUGGCAUAUAGGGAUCUAGUAAUCGCACACUAGACAUGUGGUCAUUCUCCAAUAGACGCUUAAUAUAUCUAGCAAUGAAAUCUGUUAUACUGACGCUAUUCGUUCAAAAUAUAAUUGAACAGUGACAAUAACAUGUGCCAUGACACCUAACAUGUAACACCGGUACUGUCCUACAUCUCACAUUUCGCUCAUUUUGACAGCAGUCUAGUUGUUCCUCUAAAAAUCUGAUUGUACAUUCCCUCUUAUACCAGAAAUGAGAUUGGAGUAAUGUUUACUAGUGGUAGGAUGCUCAUGUUCUGCAACUGAAUAAAGGACCUUCUGUAAGAAACUGCAUCAAUUUUGGAAAAGUGGCUGCCUUGUAUAUUGUACACAGUGUGAUUUGUACGCAAUUCAUUGUCAUGUUACUCAUUGUGUUCUUCCCAACAUCACUCUAUUCUAAGUGCAAUAUUUUUUUACAUGGAUGAAUCUAGUGCUUUUUGAUUGGUCGAUACUGUUCUUUGCAAUAUUCCUUCCAGUAAAUAUAUUAUAAUGAAUGUCAAACAUACAGUACCUACUUUUAUUGUAAUCAUUUUUGUAAGUUAAACUUGAAUGUAGUUUUAUUUUUGCUUACUCGAAAGUAAAAGAAAUGUCAGCACAAAUGUAUAUGAUGUAACAAUUGUAAAUAUAUGAUUGAAUAAUUUGUACUCUGCGAACAGAAAAAUAUGCCAUUUCAAUAAAACAAAAAAACAAA